AUGGCAAAACAGAAGAGAAAAAUUCCCAAAGUGACAGAGAAAAAGAACAAAAAGUUAAAGAAGGCAUCAACAGAAGAGACAGCGUUGACACCUGAGGCUUCUCCAGGCCAUGAGGAAGCACACCUGGAGGAAAGAGCGGCCCAUACAGCAGUGCAGGAUGUGGACACCGAGCUGUCCCCAGAGGAGAAGCGGGUCCUAGAGAGGAAACUGAAAAAGGAGCGGAAGAAAGCAGAGCGACAGCGUCUACGGGAGUCAGGCAUCACAGCCCAGAACCCUCCAGCUAGGCACUCGGGGGCAGAGCUGGCCCUGGCCUACCUCUGUGGGUGGGCCCAGAAGCACAAGGACUGGAGAUUCCAGAAGACAAGACAGACAUGGCUCCUGCUGCACAUGUAUAAUAGCGACAAGGUACCCAAUGAGCACUUCCCCACCCUGCUGGCCUACCUGGAGGGCCUUCAGGGCAGGGCCCGAGAAUUGACAGUGCAGAAGGCUGAAGCCCUGAUGCAAGAGCUGGAUGAGGUGGGCGCCAGGGACCCAGACCCCCUCCUGCUGGAGAAGGCCCAGCGUGCCCGGCAGGUGCUGCAGCUGCUGUCCUAGCAGCAGGUGGUAUGACAGGACCCUGCUCGGGGCAGGUCUUGGACCACCUCCUCAUGGGGUCCAUGCUGGUGGGGCAAUCCGUACCACCAGCAGGUCUGGGCUGGGCCAGGCCUGAGCCUUCCAGCUCCACAGACUGUGAUGGACCCUUUCCUCCACCCUGCUUGGCCAAAGACAGUUUUAUAGAUGAUAACAGGUUUUGAUACCUGUAGAGCAGAAGAUGUUACUCUGAAAUGACCCAGAGACACCAGUCCUGGCCUUCAGAUGGUCCUCAGGCCUAGGAAAUCAUUUUUGAGGGGAAUGUCUAUUUUUCUACCAAGGAUGGAUAUUUUAGAAGCUGAGCAGAGUUUGGUUGUGGUCCUCAUACUCUACCCGGUGGCCCCCAUGUAAGCCAUGUGUUCCUGGCCCCUGCCUGCUUCAUCGUACGUUUUGGCUGUGGCACGACCACCUCUCCUUCAGCAGUGCCUGGCCUCACUGCCUUGUCACAGGGAGAGCCCUGUUGGAGGCUGUACACAUCAGACCAUGUGCCCAUAUGCACAAAUGGACUCUGCUGGCUAUAUUUUCAAUAAAAACAAGCCCCUUUCAGGCUGUGGCUCUUA